AUGCAAGUCAGAGCCAGACGCUCAGUUAGAAAGAAGCUCCGUGUCUGUCAACGCCACCUCAAGUCAGCGCAGAUGGAGAACUCUUCCAGUGAACUUAUUUUUGAACUCCAUGGCUUGAAUGAGACUAAAACAAAGAGACAGAUCUUUUUUGGCCUUUCCAUCCUUGCCUAUGCUUUGACUGUUUUUGUGAAUUUAACUCUGAUUUUGACCAUAUUGUUGGAGAAAAUUCUCCAUGAGCCCAUGUUCAUCUUCCUGUGUAAUCUGUGUGUAAACAGCAUUUGUGGCUCUACAAGUUUCUAUCCAAAGCUACUGAUUGACCUUCUGUCAGACUCUCAUGUGAUCUCAUACACUGCAUGUAUAAUUCAAAUAUUUGGAAUCUACACAUAUAUCUUCUGUGAAAUGACUAAUUUAACAGUGAUGGCUUAUGACAGGUAUGUUGCAAUAUGCAAACCGUUGGAGUAUCACUCUAUUAUGACGCCUCGGAGAGUAGGAAUGUUGGUGCAAAUUACGUGGUUCUUAACUUUCAUUGAGACAAAUGUUGGCAUUGGGCUUUUAGUCAGGCUUCCAUUGUGUGGAUCCAGAAUUAAUAGGCUUUAUUGUGUUGACUGGGAUGUGGUGAAGCUGUCCUGUAUUGAUACCACCUUAAAUAAUGUAUUUGCCUUUGGUAUCAUGGUGUUUCAUAUAUUUCAAGUCCUGCUAAUUAUAAUCUCCUAUGUUCUAAUCAUCAGGAAAUGUGUUCAGUCUCAGGCAGAGCGUAAUAAGUUCAUGGAGACCUGCCUGCCUCAUCUUAUCACACUGAGCAUCUUGGCCAUUUCUGUUUCUUUUGAUGUUGUAUCAGCACGUUUCAGCUCAGAUGCCUCCCUGCAGGCUCUCAGAAACAGCCUUUCUAUAAUGUACCUCAUUGUUCCACCUGUCCUGUACCCUCUCAUUUAUGGUCUGAAACUGAAGCAGCUUCGUAUGAUUGUGUGGAGAAGGUUCAAGAGCAAAAUCACUGCACUAAAAUAACUCAGGGUGGCACAGAGGUUCAGAGGUCACACUGUCCCUUCAUGCCUCCAGGAUUGGGUAGAAUCUAUCCUCUGCUCUCUGUGUUUGGAUUUUGCGUUUUUUUUGUCCUCUGUGUUUUUUUCUCUCUGUUAAAUGGUAGUGCCGUCACAGUCCAGAGCACACUGUUGGAGUAACUGGUGUUUCUAAAUUUCCCAUAGAUGCGCAUCUCUGUGCCCUGUGAGGGACUGAUGCCUUAUGUAGAGAGUACCGCAGCCUUGUGCUCUUUGCUGAUUGGUAUAGGAACCAGGCCCCCCGUGACCCUGAACAGGAUCAAGUGCUUAGAUGUUAUGACGGACAGUUAAUAAUUUUCCUGCAUGAUGAUUUUGGCCUGCAUGGCCAUAUAAUGCCAUUAGCUUAGGUUAGCUUUUGCUAGAAAAUAAAAGGCUAGAUAUUUCACACUGUCCCAGUGCACAGCACCAAUAUGAACAGCAGGUGAGGUUUUAAGGGUCAGAAAUCAAUGUAAGGUGCGGCACGAUGUCGUGCCUAUAAUAUACAUUUAAGAUUUCAUGUGCCUUUUAUAUGUGUUAG